CCGUUUUGUUUCAGUGGAAUAUUAAUGGCAUUUGUCUCAGAGAACCUGUAAAGACCAUGGGCACUGACCCGCUCUAUUAACUUAGCAAAUAUUUGUGUAUGUGUGUAGAUGGCGCAUAGAAGACAAAAUUACUAAACGUUAAAAAGAAAAACAAAAAUACAGCAUCAAAAAAUGCAAGAAACCUGAAUUAUAGGAAACUCUUUAGGCAAAGUAAUUUUAUUACAGCAUUUGUCUCCCAUAGUUACAUGCAAAAACAUGGCUGUACUACGUAGUCGGUUUCCUGUAGUUGUAUUAGGUGCCACUGGAACUGGUAAAUCUAAACUCGCCAUUGAACUUGCUAAAGUAUUUUCUGGCGAAAUAAUAAAUGCUGAUUCCAUGCAGGCAUACAAAGGAUUGGAUAUUAUUACCAACAAGGUCACAGCAGAGGAAAGAGCUGAAUGUCCACAUCAUUUGUUGGACUUUGUCAGCCCUUUAAAUUUUAAAUACACCAUAGCUGAUUUCCAAGCAGCUUCUAUACCUAUUGUAUCCUUUUACUUAAAUAUAUCAACUAUGACAUAUAUUAUACAAUCUUAAAGCUACUUUUAUCCAUUUCGUAUUAAAUUAGUGUGGAGGAUUUAAAAUAAUCCCCAAUUGCUGUCAGAUCACAGUACGAUAUGCUUCCCUUAAAAACUAAAGUUUUGUUUUCAUUCACCUUGUUGCUUUUCAUUUAUUGGGCUGAUCUAUGACCCUUCCCCAUUGUUUUUAGGGAUAUAGGAUGUCUAGGGUAUAUUAGCCAAUGUAUCCUUGCUUUCCCAAGACUAGGGUUUGAUCUGUGUACUAUUUGGCUACUAUUUCUAGCUGAUCAUAUAGAUCAAGUCCAAGGACAUUAUUUGUAAUAUUGGACAGCGUUAUUUGUAGCCUUGCUUAAAGAUUUCUUACAUGGAUGCCAAUAUCUGUCAGUAUGAUUGCUCUGGAAAGGAUUUUAAACACUGGGUCCACCUAUUAUCACAUACAAAAGCAAUAUGUGGUAAUAGGUGGAAUUUUUAGGCUCUAGUGUGAAAGACUAAGGGUCAAAGGUUAACUUCAGGUUGCAUGGCGUGAGGUUAGUGAAAAGUAUAUAUCCUUGAGGAGGAAAUGUACCAGAGUAUUGCAGGAAACAUUUUCAGAUGGACUAUUGCUGGUCUCUAAUUCUAAAGCAUUUCCACCUAGGAUGUAGGCCCCUGUUCAGUUACUGAGGUCAUGUAGAAUAAAGUGUUCUGACCAGAGGUGUAACAAAAAGCUAUGGGCCAUCAACAGGUAACCUCAAUAUCUUAUUUACUCAGGUGCCUUACCUUUAGAAGAAGAAUUGAUUGUCUUCAGAAAUUGACACUUUAUCUCUUUAUCUUUUAUUAGUUUCAAUCAUUAGAUUGUGGCCAUGCUGGGGUAUCUCCUGAAUUUUAGUUGAACAAAUCAACCCCAGUACUUGUUUUUUUUGAAGCCUGGUACUUGUUCUGUUUGUCUCUUCUGCCAAACUGCUAAGUUACAGGGACAUAAACAUGCUAACAUUGGUUGUCAAGUGGUAGUGGGGGAUAAAUACACA